GAGGCGGAGACUGCCGAGGCUCCAGCCCGGCCGGGCUCCGAGGCGAGGGGCUGCAUGGAGCGGCCGGCUUGGCUGUGCGGGCUGUGGGCACUGCUGCUCUGCGCCGGCGCUGCUGGGGACGCCGGGCUCACAGAAACUCAGCCACCUGUGACAAAUUUGAGUGUCUCUGUUGAAAAUCUGUGCACAAUAAUAUGGACAUGGAAUCCUCCUGAGGGAGCCAGCCCAAAUUGUAGUCUACGAUAUUUUAGUCAUUUUGGUGACAAACAGGAUAAGAAAAUUGCUCCAGAAACUCGUCGUUCAAAAGAAGUGCCCUUAAAUGAGAAAGUCUGUCUGCAAGUUGGGUCCCAGUGUAGCACCAGUGAAAGUGAGAAGCCUAGCAUCUUGGUGGAAAAGUGUAUCUUGCCCCCUGAAGGUGAUCCUGAAUCGGCCGUGACUGAGCUGCAGUGUGUUUGGCACAACCUGAGCUACAUGAAAUGUUCUUGGCUCCCUGGAAGGAAUACUAGUCCUGAUACUAACUAUACUCUCUACUAUUGGCACAGCAGCCUAGGAAAAAUUCUUCAAUGUGAAAACUUCUAUAAAGAAGAUCAACACAUUGUUUGUUCCUUUGAUGUGACUAAAGUGAAGGAUUCUACUUCUGAACAGCAUGGUAUUCAAAUAAUGGUCAAGGAUAAUGCAGGAAAAAUUAGACCAUCUUUCAACAUAGUGCCACUAACUUCCCAUGUGAAACCUGAUCCUCCACAGAUUAAAAAUCUCUUCCUCCAAAAUGAUAACUUGUAUGUGCAAUGGGAGAAUCCACAGAAUUUUAUUAGCAGAUGCUUAACUUAUGAAGUUGAAGUCAAUAGCAGUCGAUCUGAGACACAUAACAUUUUCUAUGUUGAAGAGGCCAAAUGUUCAAAUUUAGAAUUUGAAAGAAACAUGGAGGAUACAAUUUGUUUCAUGGUCCCUGGUGUUUUUCCUGAUACUUUGAAUACAGUCAGAAUAAGAGUCAAAACAAAUAGAUUAUGCUAUGAGGAUGACAAACUCUGGAGUAAUUGGAGUCAAGCAAUGAGUAUAGGAAAGGAGCCCAAUUCUACAUUCUACAUAACCAUGUUACUCAUCAUUCCUGUCAUCGUUGCAGGUGCUAUCAUAGUCCUCCUGCUUUACCUAAAAAGGCUCAAGAUCAUUAUAUUUCCUCCAAUUCCGGAUCCUGGCAAGAUUUUUAAAGAAAUGUUUGGAGACCAGAAUGAUGAUAGUCUGCAGUGGAAGAAGUAUGACAUCUAUGAGAAGCAAACCAAAGAAGAAACUGACUCUGUAGUGCUGAUAGAAAACCUGAAGAAAGCCUCUCAGUGAUGGAGAUAAUUUAUUUUUACCUUCAAUGUGACCCUGUGAAGAGUCAUCCCAUUCUCCAAUUGUUAUCUGGGGACUUGCUAAAUAGAAACUGAAACUACUGGAUCAUUGAAAAACGUGAAGAGCCACAGGUCUUUUUGUGAGUCAUACACGGAAAGACUAAACAAAUGCAGGCUCUUUGGAGAAGAGAGGUGGACUCAUUCUCACUGAAUUACAAAAGCAGAAAUCUUGUUCAAGGACUUCAAGCUAGGGGACAAAGCAAAAAGCAGUGGUGACAGUAGAGUUAAUCUCAUCAAGAGCUGAGAUGUGAUCUGUGCUUCCUUUGUAUACUUUGGGUCAAACAGUACCUACCAACAGCUUCAUUUGUGCGGGAACUGAUUUUGUGCGCAAACAUUGAUGCAGAACUGAAGUCAUAGAAAAGCUCUGAAAAAAACAAAAUUGAAAAAAGAAAUAUCUGAAGUGUAUUGUUUGGGAGCCUAUUGUGUACUGUUUGUGGCUAUUGAAAUUCUUAAGAGCCUGAAAGCAGUGUGUUCCCCUUCAAUAGCAUUUUCCUUUAGCUUUUGAAAGCCCCGGAUAUCGGUAUUGGACAGGCUGAUGACAAUAGCAGAAAAAGCGGAGGCACUUCCUCUACUGACUGUUCCAAGACACUGCAGGCUUUUAAGAGCAGUGGGCAGAAUGACUCAUUGGCUAUUAAGACUUUGAACCAUGAAGUCUCUAAUGAUUGUGGGUGUGGGUAUAUGGGUCUAUAUGUUUUCCAUCACCUGAGCUACUCAAAUCAAGUAUUUAGUGCUUGUCUUGUACUAAGCCCCAGAAGUGAGGCACAUAUACAUCCCAGCAGAGUUUACUAGUCGAAUUGGGAUUUCUUAAUUCUUACCAAUUUGUCUCUACCAGUGUUUUUCAAACAGUCUACUCCCACCUCAAUUUAUCCUUCCCUUUUGCCUUUGAUUUGGAAAUUAAAAUGUGAAUUUGCUCAGAACGCCUAGACAAGCAGGGGGUGAUAUGCAUCUCAAGGAAAGUAUGAGUGGACUGAAAAACAUUGAUUUUGUAACUUCUACUUGAGUCUGCAGUUUGAGGAUUUUCAGCAUCUGAUGAGGAUAGUUCCCUGUGCAUUUCCCAGAAAUGAGAUAUUAUCUUUACUUCAAAUGUAACUAUUUGCUUCAGAAGAAGGAACAGUUGUAUCUCUUAACAAGAUGGGCCCUAGGAUUCUUUCCCUUAGCACAAAUGGUUACAUAGGUUUUUGUGUCUUACAUUGAUAGCCAUCCAAGGUGUCGAUGCCUGUACUCACUUUUUCAUAUGUUAGGGUUCUAUUCUCAGUCCUUCUAACAUAUCCAUAUAUUGUAUAUUACAUCUAUUACUCUUGCUUCCUCCUAAUUUAAAGUAAGGGAAAUGAGAGAUGCCCCCCUCCUCAGCCCACACAAGUACCCCUUCAUGUCCACGCAAUACAGAAUCAAGUUACUGAUGAGAAAUACAAAAGUUUGCACUGCAAAUACUCCAAACAUUUAUAAAUUUAUAUUCCUAAAACUAUGUCAACUGCAGUUCCUACUCUAAGGGGUGAGGGGAUACUAGGGACCUCUGCUCUCCAGAUUUGUGCAGAAGCCCCUAUGGAGAAUGGCGGUCAUGAAAGCGGUAGAUCUAAAGGUAUUUCCUUCUGGUGCUUAUGUUUCUUGAGGUCAGAUUGAGGCUGGGUGAUAGCUAUACUGGAUUAUUGUACUCUUCACCAGAAAGAAUAUUUGAUUUUCCUACACAGGAAUAAGAUCACUUCCUAGGCAGGUCUUUUGUAAUGCCAAGAAGCAAACCCACUCAUAAAUGCCUCACCCAAAGUCAUUUUCCCCUGUGAAUCUGUUUAGUUGGCAAAGGAGAAUGAACUACUGAUACUUGCAGUCAUGUAGCUCAGGAGUAGGUAAAUUUGGUUUUGUUUGUAUUCUGCUUCUUAGCAGUAAAAUAGCCAAGAGGAAAGGUGGUGGCAUGGGAGUACCUUUGAUGCUUUUCCAGUUUCUCAAAGUUGAGGCCUAAUCUUGGAAGCUUCAACAUUUUCCUGGGAUUUAUGCCACCGAUAGAAAAUCAGUUGUUUUUCUUUUAACCCUACAUGGAUUUAUAUAUAUACAUAUAUAUAUAAAUAAGCCCACUGUAAAUAAUCAUCAUUCCUAGUCUUUGGUUCAGAUAAGUUUUUUCUUCAACUGGGCACCAAAAGGUAUAACCUGAAAAAAAUGUUAACAGUUUUUAUAAUGCAUGAAACCAACCAAGGAUCAAUUUGUUGAACUUGUUCUUAGGAAAGCUUGAGUAAAAUAAAUAUUAAUUGUCUUUUUGUAUGUCACCCAAAUGUUUCUCUUUUGUCUGAUUUGGGGGGAACUGUUGUAAAUAGUGGAGAGGAAAGUGGGAGUUAAAAGAAUAAACAUGAUGAAAAAAUUCCAGGGCAGCUAUUUUAUCUUAUCACAUAUCACUUGCCUUCACCUUUGCUGUUUUGUUGUGCCUACUGUUUUCUGAUUAAAACAAGCAUGCACCUUAUUUACUAUUAGUAAAAACUUUGCAAACAGCACAUGAAAGAUGUACACAUUUGAUAAAUAGUGGUAAUUACUGGAAGCAGACAGUUGAUCCUUUCUAACAUUAAGCUUAAAAUCGAAUGCAGAGUGCUUGCUGUCAUGCUGUAGAUGAUGUAUAUACAUGGCUUGUAGUGGCAUACAUGAUAAGGGACCUCUAGUUACAAGCAAAUCAUAUUUAGUGUGUUGCAUUUGAAACUAACAAGAUUGAUUUUUAGUGAUUCAAUAACCUAUAGAGAGGGUGACAGAAUCUCCUAUCUUCCCAGCAAAAUGAGUUGACUAGCACAAUAGAGUCCGUUUCUCCCUUGUGUUGAGCUCUGGAAGUGUUGUUUUGUUUUUUUGUUUUGUUUUGUUUUUAGAAGUGUGUGUAUUUAGCCAGAUUACAUGUGUUCAAUACCCAGACUCUUGAUAGGACCCACAGGCUUGGGUGUAGAUAGUGGUGCUGAUCUUGAUGAGGUUAUGUAUAUAGCUAUCCUAGAGUUAUCCAGGGAAAUGUACUUAUUUGUGUGUGUUAAAUAAGAAACCUCUGUCUAAUCUGUAACACAUCAGCACUGAGUGUUAUGACAGAAAACAAUUCACCAAGUACCCUUGAGGCUCCCAACUCCUGUAGCCACAAACUUGUUCACCUCCCCUCAGAGAAAGUGGAACCAAACGACCCUAAGCUCAUUUGCUUUCCAAAGUAAUUUAGUGUUUGUCGUAACAAUGAACUCUUGCUCUGUUAAAAGUUCAACUUGAUACUCACAUAAAAAGCAUAUUAUGCUAUGCUAUCUUUAAGAUAUUAGUUUUUUUAAGAGAAUAGGUAUUAAAGAGACUUAAACUAUAAUGAUUGGGUCAAGCAAUAAAGCUUUUAUUGGUAAAUACUUUAGCUAAGUCUUGGCAUACUUUAACAAGAAAAAUUUUUUACUGACAUCUGGCUAUGCUAGAUAUUUUUACAUCAAUUCCCAGAAUGAUUUCUUCCUAAAGGUUCCUGAGCUUUUAACAUUGUUUCCUAAUGACCACAUUUUUAGCUUAUCAUUAGUAACAGGAAAAUAUUUCCUUGCUAGAUUUCAAAAUGUUCUGGAUAGAGAAUUAAAUAGAGAGUGACUAGUUAGUAGCUAUUAUAUGCCAAAUUGCAUGUGUUGUUUCACUGAAUUGCUGUGUCAAUCCCAUUAGAUAGGUUACAUGAAUAUCUUCAUUUGACAGAUGAAGAAACUAAUAACAAUUGAUGGCAUUCUGUGUGCCAGUUCACUCAACUAAUAGGUGGCUAAGAAUUGGAAGGCAAGUCGACCUGAUAUUAAAAACCAUAUAAUAUAGCCAGUAAUGCAUUGAUUUGUCCUAAGAAGAGAGCUACUGAAAGAAAAGGAUAAUCUUAUUUCACGUUAUUGCCAAAUUGCCCAUCAACUGGAAAACUUA